AUGAUCGGCGUCAAGAGCAGCCACUAUAUGCAGGAAAACCCUCUGCCAGACCUGCUGUGCACCGACUACAUUCUGAGCGGCGGCGGUGGCUUGGCGGUAGACGACAAGAAGUCUAACAUGUCUGCAUCGCUGUCACCAACGUAUUUUGACGAAGCCGCCGACUGUGAUAAAAAUCACUCAACUAAUAAUCGUUCUGGAGUGACCAGUGGUCAGCUGUACAAAGAAAAAGGAGUAGAGAUGUCGGACGACGCAACGUGCAAUUUCAGGUCGGCCAAGGCGCUUUUCGAGAAACUUGAGCGUCAGAAUCGCACAGACCGAAGCAGCGGUGCAAAAGGGACAUUCGACGACGAACUUUCGAACAUCGCACAUUCAAAAGUUUCGAAGACGGUACAGGCAUUUCCGAUUAGGUCCGGGCUCGCCGCUUCUUCAUCUGCAGUUGAUGGGGCUGCAGACGGUAAGAAGACCUCUAACUUUCCCGUAAGAACCGUCGCGUACCUGACUCCGAAAACGCCUCCGCCAUCAUCCGUUCAGAACGUGGCCAGUUUCGCUUCUCCUCCGAUGCCACCUCCGAAACCUAGAAACAGCUCGCUGACAGACGACGCUUCCGAUGACAUGUGUUACUUAGACAUGGCCACCAAGCUUCGGUCUACGACUGCUUCUCAUCACAACGUUAUGUCGCCUCCGUCGAGUCACAUAUUUUCAGCCGUUGAAAAGUUGAAUCAGAUUUAUAGUGAAACGCCGACUCCGGCGUCUUCUGCGUCCGAAGGGCUUCUUCGUCAAGAAGGUUACGAAGCGACGGCCAGUUCAUUGUCAGAGGGAAAUAAUUUCAGCAACGAUGCGUCGAUCGCCGAGUUGACGAAAGAGUUCAACAAGGUAGUGUCUCAGAUCGAAAGUGCUAACAGCCAGAAUGCGACUGAUCGCGAAGAUAGGUUUAUGGUUUCGUCGCCAAAGUCGUAUGUUGCUGAUCGUGAAGCGAAGGCGUUGAACGAUGGCUACGACGACAGUAACGGUUCUCCUUCCGCUGCAUCCGUUGAUACCUCUUCCUCGUCGUUCUUCGCCAUUAGGCAGUCGCCAUGUGUCGUUCGUCGUUCGUUCCUGACCUCGCCUGUGACCGAUCGCGAUGGCUCCGUUGGCGUAGGCCUGCUGUCGAAUAAGAACGCCGUCUCUUGCGACCGAUUCCCUCCAGAAAGCAGUUCUUCGUCGUCAUCAUUGGAACUGUCCUCUACACGACGACCGUUCAUGACACCUUCUUGUUCCCUCGAGCAACUGGCAUUUUGCCGCCAGCAGCCGAACCCCCCGACACGUCCCUCGUGUUUGUUAACCGACACUUCUCCUUGUUCGCAAUCUUCACCCAUCUCAUCGUCGUCGACCACCGGUUCCUCGUCAACAACGUCCACCGCCAUUAUCACUUCACCAACGCCUCGAACCUACGAACCCUACUGGAGGCAUCAUGCGUGGUAUUCGCGGCGCUACGGUCUGGACAGCUUGUCCCGCUUUACGUCGACCACGUUGCCUGUAUCCGGUGUACAGUCGUCGUCGGUGACGGCGACGACUAGCAGCAUUACACAUGAAGAGAACCGUCCUCAGGUCACUAGUACAGAGGCCAUUGGUGUUGCCACAAACGCAGCGAAGGUGGCCGCAGAUGACUUCCGUCAUUUGAAUAAAGCAGUGGACGAUGGUGGUCAAGUGAAACGUUUUGAAGAAUCUUCGUCACCUAUGCUACCGACGACGUCCUCAUUAGAACUAGGGUAUGUGCGCUUCGCUCUGUCACGUCAUUCAUUUAAAUCACUUUAA